CGCAGCUCCAGCCACGCCAGGCUCCGCGGACGCCGCGGACGAGACCCGGCUGGGGUCAAAUCAAGCCAUGCAGGCUGCAAAGACUGCCGGGUCCCUGUUCUUGCGGUCAUGGGCUCGGCCACCGACCACCGGGGUCUUAGCCGAGGCGCCGGCCCGAACGAUCCACACUGGCCUCCAGCAGCUGCAAGAAGCGGCGGCGGAGAAUAUUGAGGAGGAGGCGGCUCCGAGGCACAGCAGCUUCAGCAUUUACCCUCCAGUUCCAGGACAGGAGAGCUCUCUGAGGUGGGCAGGAAGGAAAUUUGAGGAGAUCCCAAUCGCACACAUUAAGGCAUCCUACAACAACACCCAGAUCCAGGUCAUUUCUGCCACGAACCAGCCACUGGCCCAUGCUUCCUGCGGCACGGAGGGGUUUCGAAAUUCCAAGAAGGGCACGGGCAUCGCGGGGCAGACCACAGGCAUAGCUGCGGCAUUGAAGGCCGUGGGGAAGGGCGUGACCCAUGUCCGAGUGGUGGUGAAAGGCCUGGGGCCAGGGCGCUUGUCUGCCAUCAAGGGGCUGACCAUGGGGGGCCUGCAGGUGAUCUCCAUCACAGACAACACGCCCAUCCCACACAACGGCUGCCGCCCCCGGAAGGCUCGGAGGCUGUGAGAGAAGGAAGCGAGAACCUGACUGCAGGUCUUCUGUCCAGCACGACCUCGCAGAAGUCACACUGUCCAGGAGAGGGCUUGUGGGAGAUCAGUUCAGGCAGCAAGGAAGGAACUUUGCCUCCUUACAUUGUGGCCUUCGCUUGCUGCUCCGACUCGAGAUCGGUGUCCCAGAACUGAGGCCAGGCCUGUCUCGGACAGGAGUAGGAGCAAAAGGACAGCUGUGGCCCAGAUGCCACCCAGCAAAUGCUGCCUCUGCUGCGAUGAAAAUAAAAGAGAGUCUCUACCA